UAUCGUGAAUUAUUUUUUUUACAUGACGAAAUUUAAUUUUAUUUCGAAAUAGAGAAUGGUUAUCUUUCUUAUUUUUGUGAACGUAUCCAAGUAACGUUGGUUGAAAUGCAACAUUUGAAACUUAGUGCUUUUCAGUUCGUGGUUUCAUUUUUCAACGAGUUAGAUAGUGAUGGUGUCAGCGUAAGUGAUUUUUUAAAAGCUAUGAAUUUUUAUCAUGUGGGUGAGCGUACUUCAAGCACUUUAUUUAUGACAGCAAAAACCCGAGUUUCAUUAUUCUUGUGAUGUUAUUAAGGACUAUUACUCUGUCAAGAUAUCCAAAUCUGUUGAAACGCGGGUGAAAGAAAACAAUAGGUUUUGUAGAUGACACCUUUAUAAUUAUUACUAUAAUUAAGUCGAGUGGAGAAGUGAAAUGAAAAUCAAUCGGUAUCAGUAAGUAUCAGGCUAUCAAAUCGAGUUUACCAUGUUCGACCAUGUCAGUACCUGUUGUAUUCAGUUCAGUUUUCGGUUCAACGGUUGAACGCUGCGGCUGUGGCUGGUUUAUUUUUCGCGUCUCUUUCUUAUCAAUUCGUUAUCAGUAUAAUAAUCUACAUUUUUUUUAAAAAAACAAUGAAGUGUAAGUAAAGGCAGCGGUAUUAAUUUCUUCUAAGUUUAAGAAUUUGAAAAUUCAUCGUGUACUCAGUUUAGUUAUUUUUUCGUCCGAAAUUUUGGUGUACUUUCGUGAGAAAAAUAUUCGAUCAUUUGAGAUUACAUCAAGUCAUGAGCAUUACGGUUACCGAAAUUCCUAGUGAACGACUUUAUGAAUCGUUGCUGAAAUCAUGCGUCGAUAACAAGCAGUAUUUUUACCCUCUACAUGAUUCGAAAAGUCAAAAACUGUACAAUGCUUUCGAAGCUUUAGAAGAACAAAUCGAAAAUUUUCUACCUAUAUUGAACGAUUUCCGCAGCACAGCCCCCGACUACGAUUUUAAGUCAACUCCGUCGAAUGGAUAUCGUAGCUUUAUUACCGCCGUCGAUAAAUUAUCCAGUGCAUGUUCAAAAACCUGUAAAAGUAUAUCAGAUCAUCGUAGUUCUCUAUUUUUCCAAAAACUACAUUAUGCCAAAGAGAUAGAAAGCUACAGCCAGGUAUACUCUUCGUUGAGUGCAUGUUUCCAGCUCCUGCAAUUUUUAAAAGCUUCCGCUGAUCCGGGACAUUUAUUUAUGGAUAAAGUAGAUGUCAUCAAAGAUUUACAACAAUGUAUCGAUAAAGUGAAUAUCACUCCCUUUUUUGGAAGACGUAUCGGAUUCCAGUACGGAGAUGCUUCACAACCAAUCAUCAAAACUGUGGCCAUUAUGAUGACGGUAUUUUCUGAAUAUUAUUACAAUGAGAAGAAUUUUCUUUUUUGUGCCGCCUCAUGUAGUCAAUUUCUCGUGAAUGCGGAACUGAGAGCAGAAAGAAUGACACAAAUAGCAUCAUAUCGAACGGCCUGUGCGGAUUUUUGUAAAACUUUUUGGAAUAUGAGUGAAAGCUAUAUUUUCAAAAAAAUGAAUAUCCUGUUUCAACCUACUCACUUCGUAAAUAAAAUGAUAGAACUGCCCAACGAACCUAUAAAAUACGAAUGCGGCGAUCGCAACGUCGAAAUACCAGUUCCUACUGCUCAUAUUGGUUUGAAACCUCUUAACGUACGAUUAAUAUCGGCUGUGAGAAGACAAGGAAUGAAUAUCGAUACUGGUCCCAUUUCGCCAACUUCCGAUUACUUCAUUUUCCAUUUACACGGAGGAGGGUUCAUUUCGCAGACUUCAGAAUCGCAUCAAGUUUAUUUAAAAAGCUGGACUAUGUGGACAGAGGCACCUAUAUUGUCGGUAGAUUAUUCUUUGGCGCCGGAAGCUCCGUAUCCUCGUGCUGUCGAGGAAGUAUUGUUCGCCUAUGUGUGGUCGUUGAAUAAUUUGAGUUCUUUGGGCACGAAUGCGAGAAAAAUCGUUUUCGCAGGAGACUCUGCUGGUGCUAAUCUUUGUCUGGCAUUGACGCUGAAAUGUAUCCAAUUGAACAUCAGAAAACCAGAUGGAAUUUUUCUCGCUUAUGUUCCUACUGUGCUUCAAUUUUACCCUUCGCCGUCUCGUUUCCUCGCUUUGUUCGAUCCUUUGUUGGCGUUUGGAUUCAUGAUGUGUUCCAUUAAAGCAUAUACUCAUACAGGUAGAAAAUCCACUUAUUCGGGGAUCAAAAAUUUCGAAGAACCGGAUAGUGAAACUACAUCACUAGAGGAAACGGACGAAAGCGAAUUGAAAGCUUUAGAAAAUAGCAAAUCCGAAUCGCAAGAGUCCAUUACACCUCCAUCGUUCUCCGAUUUGACGCCAGAUUGUGAAAAAAGCACGUCUUCCGAAACAUUAACGGAUAAUCAACAAAAUCCCGAAGAAGUACCCUUACCCGCAAAGUACAAAAAUAUUAUAAAGGGAUUCGCUUCGAAUCUGAAAGAAAAACUCAGUUCACAUCGAAACGAUCAAACUGUUCGUAGCAAUUGUCACUCUGUUAAAGAAAUUGAUAUUACUCAAUUGAUAUCAGAUGCCGAAGACGAUAUAUUCAUAUCUCCUAUCAAAGCCAGUGAUAGUAUUUUUAAGAAGUUUCCUCCUACUUCCAUUCUAUCUGUUGAAAUGGACCCGUGUUUAGAUGAUUGCGUUAUUUUGGCUAAAAAAUUAGACCGAUUACACAAGAAGGUUCAUUUGGAUGUGUUGAAAGAUUUGGCGCACGGGUUUUUAAAUGUGUCCUUGAGCAGCAAAGAAGCGUUUAAUGGCUCGGUUCUAUGCGCUCAACGAAUAAAAGAACUACUCCAUGGUACUUUACCAGUUAGCAAAUAACACCGUAAAUAAAUCGUAUAUUUCCAAAUUAACACAGCUAUACAAAUUUCACCGUAUUAUAAAAACCUAAUCAUUUUAACUGUUAGAAAGUUCUCUAAAUUACGAACCGUACAACUAUCGUUACUUUUUCUUCUGUAGUAGUCAUAUCAAAGCGAAAAAUUCAAAGUUUACUUUAUAAUUACUAUUAUUUUUUUCAAUGUUACAUUUUGUACUUUUUUGUUGGCUCUAAUAUAUUCAUUUUUCAUUGUUUA